AUGGUUGAAAGCAAUGUUCUGAUUGUAGAUAAGCAGCUUCUUGAAUCUUGCUUACAAUGUCCAAUCUGCUUUGAGUAUUUCACAAUUCCUAUAUAUCAAUGCGACAGUGGGCACUCAAUUUGUGAUCGUUGUUCCCAAAGAACCCAAAAAUGUCCAUCGUGCAGAGAGGUAAUUGGACGAAAAUUAAGGAAUUAUCAUCUAGAGCAGCAGCUUUAUCAAUGUGAGUAUACAUGCCAAUUUACUGGCUGCAAUGAAAAAGUAAAACUUUCAGCAAGGCUUGAGCAUGAAGAAGAAUGCAGACACAAUCCAAACUACCAGUGUUUGUUAACAAACUGCAAGUGAAAAGGGCAACUAGACUCAUUAUUGAGCCAUCUCAAUACUAAACAUAAAAUUCCUCACUAUGACAUUACAGGAAAUACAGCAGAAUACUCAUCAAGGCUUAGAUCUAGUUCAUUGCCACCGACAGCUGGCUGUGUAAAACUGUUGCAUACUUUUUAUAUAACAGAGGAUCAAACUUGUACAAUUUUGACGUAUAUUUUUAUGGAUUCUUUGAAAAAUUUAUUUUAUCCUCAAUUUCGGACACUUGGGAAAAUCCCUGCUAAAUUCACGUUAAAAAUUUGGAAUACUGAUUCAGAUGAAAAUGAAGAAAUUGUUAUAGCAGGAAUGGCAGAAACAGCUAAAAAUAGCUUAGACGAAGAAAGAGAGAAAAAACAAUGUAUAGCUCUGGAUUUGGAGAGCUUGAUAAAUAGGUUUGCAUUUCAGGAUAAAGUUGAACGAGGGCACAAGUUACUGCACUACAGAUUGACAAUAGAAAUGAAAGAAAAUUAA